CGGGCGUGAUGUGCGUACGCGACUUUUCGCGAAGCUGCAUUUAGUGGAUUUAGUGAAUUUGACGGGUUGGAGUGGUGAGUCGCGGUGAGGUUAACGGCGAAUGGCAGAGCCUUUCUCGGAAAAUCGAUUAAAUCCAGGCAGACCGCGGAGAGAUUCGACUACGCUCAUGUCGUCGCGUGAUCGUCGCCGUUCACUAUAGAGAAGUUCGGCCGAUGGCGGCUGUCAACUGGCGGAUCUCGGCCUUCAUUCGGACAGUUCUCGGCUGUUUCUCAAAAAAUCUCGUCUGUUCCGAUCUGAAAAUAGCCGCUGCACACUCGCGUUGAAUGCACGCGAAACAAUUUAUAAGACUGUGUGACUAAGGAGGCUUUUAUAUGACAUCGGGCAAGGAAACAAUGGGUGAACAACCAAUCUUUACGUGCAAAGCGCACGUAUUUCACAUUGAUCCCAAGACCAAACGGUCUUGGGUGCCUGCAUCAUCAGCAGCAAUAUCAGUAUCAUUCUUCUAUGAUUCUACUAGAAGUCUAUAUAGAAUAAUUUCAGUUGAAGGAACAAAGGCCGUCAUAAAUAGUACAGUUACUCCAAACAUGACUUUUACAAAAACAUCACAGAAAUUUGGCCAAUGGUCGGACGUCAGGGCAAAUACCGUGUACGGUUUAGGUUUUGCAUCCGAGGCUGAAUUAGGAAAGUUUAUCGAGAAGUUUCAUGAGGUAAAAGAAGCCACUAAGCUGGCCAGUGCAAAGUUACAAUCGAACAGUUCUUCAGUUACACCGGCCACCAGCGCAAAUGUCAGUCCAAUUACGUCUCGAUCGGGUAUGCCGUCGUCGGAGCAAGAUCUCAUAGAUCCACCAAACUCCUCGAUGAUUAACUCCAAUGUGUCAGCGUCGAACAACCCAAAUCCAAAUGCCAAUAUGAUUUCCGCUCAGAACAGUGUAUCUUCGGUAAGCAGCAGUCCUUUACCUGGUAGUUGUCAAAAUAAAGUGGACGACGAAUUGAAAAACGCAGUCCAUUCAAGAUCACAGAGUGUUUCUCAGCAGAGUACAGAAAGUCCGCAGCAUCAAGGAAAAUCGGUACAAUUGAGCUCACAAAGUGGACAGUCGGCUGAGCAGCUCAAAUAUGAGAAUGAUAGGUUGAAACAUGCUUUAGCUCAAAGUUCUGUUAACGCAAAAAAAUGGGAGGUUGAAUUGAAUAAUCUUAAAAGUAACAAUGCAAGACUAACGAGUGCUUUACAAGAAUCUACAGCCAAUGUCGACGAAUGGAAGAGGCAGUUGCAAUUGUACAAAGAUGAAAAUGCCAAAAUAAAAGCUAGAUAUGCUGAUUUGGAAUCUGGAAAGAUCGCGGAAGGAAAUAGUGAAGCUCUAAGAUUGAGAGUUGAAGCAUUGGAAAGUGAACUAAGAACGCGAAAUGAAGAAAUCAAAGCUCUCACUAUGGCCACUAAAAAUAAAGAUUUUGUGGCUCUACAGAAAGAGAACGCAGAACUUCGCGAGAUGUUGAAUGUAGUUCACGAACAAUUAGAACUUGCGUUAAGUGCGAACAAGGUUCAAAAACAAAAUUUGGAUACGUUAAAUGUCAGAUUAGCUGGCUGUAUACAGGAUUUGGCAACUGUACAUCGAGAAAUCUCAAAUACACUGCAAACUUAAGUACAGUUUGCACUGUAUUUGUAGGAAACCUAAGAAUGCCUUUCUUAGGUCUUUUGUAUUUACUAUAAGCGCGAUGUACGAAUGGAUGAAAUAGAUUAAUGAAAGGGAGAAGUUCCAAAAAAGUCGAACGCAGAUUAAUCGAGCAGAAAAAUUAUAGAAUACUGAGAUGAUCACCUCAAAAAUAGUACACUACAGAAGAGAGGUUGCUCCCUGAACAUGUAUUUAUAUUGAAUUGAAAACCUGACCUGUUUAGCGUUUCUCUUUAGGAAUAAGUUUCGUGCCAUAAUUGUGCUAUCGUUACACAGAAUAGGACACUUGAUCUUACCAUCUGUUUUCUUUCUUCUGAUAUUCUAUAUACAUAUGUAAUAUGCAUAUAAUGUAUAGUCAUCCAGUCAAACUUUACACACUUGACUUUAUUUCUAAAAUUAAGAAAGUGAUCGGAUGAGUUUUUUUCCUAAAAAUUGAAAAAAAUGUUUUUACAUUUUU